CCGCCGCCACCUGCCCCCGGCGCGGGCACAGCCCGGCCGCCUUUGUGCUUCCUGCCGCGGCUCCGCGGGGCGGGAGGGCUGGGCCGAGCCGGGCGUAGCGGCUCCGCCGCGGCCUUGGCUGCCACGUCAGUGCCGCCGCCCUGCGUCGAGGUGCCGGCGGUGCCCGCGCCGGCCCGGCCGGGGUCAUGGGCGGGGGUCGCUGCCGGGCCGCCUCCGCAGCUCCGCCGGGCACGCAGGUGUAUGCAGAAUACUUUCGUGGAAACAACUAACUAGAAAUCUUCACAAAGGAAUAUAUUUGGCAAUAAUGAAUCAAACGGACAAAAAUCAGCAGGAAGUCCCAUCAUACGUUCGUGAUGAACCACCAGAAGGAUCACUCAAAGACCACCCGCAACAGCAGGCUGGCAUGCUUUCUCGUGUGACUGGUGGCCUCUUCAGUGUCACAAAGGGAGCUGUUGGUGCCACGAUUGGAGGUGUUGCUUGGAUUGGAGGGAAGAGCUUGGAAAUUACCAAAACAGCGGUCACAUCUGUGCCUUCCGUGGGAGUGGGUCUAGUCAAAGGAAGUGUUUCUGCUGUAGCUGGAGGUGUUACAGCUGUAGGAUCUGCUGUUGCAAGUAAAGUGCCUUUAACAGGAAAGAAAAAGGACAAGUCUGACUAAAACCAAAACUGAGACAUACUCAAUUCUCCAGAAUAUUGCAUCAGUGACAUUAAAAUCUGCUAAGAUUGGGACCAUGAGAAGCCAUGUGUCUUAGACACUUUAUCUUCUAACAAGUUGUGCAAGUAACUCAAUUUCAUCUGAAAAGGACAGAAGAAGCUUGGCUAGCACAGCAUAUGAGGAUUUAAUAGAGCCUAGAUUGAAGCUUUGUAUCUGGUGAAAUGUUACACUUGAUAACUAUAGAAGUGAGUGUAUCUGAAGGAAUAAUACAUAUUUGAAUAGUCAUUUACUGUACAUCUUCUGCAGUUUUGGACUAAAAUGUGAAUGUAGAAACUCA